UCAGUUACAGUUCUCACUCUUGACAGAAUCGAGAUGCAAUUACAAAUCAUUUUAGUUUUGAUCGGAACAUUGAGCUUGUCAUUAGCUCAUGAGUUUCGUCUUAGAAACAAUUGUCCAUUCACAGUAUGGCCAGGUCUUUUAGGUAAUCCAGGAAAAGAGACACCGUUGAGAGGAGGAUUUCAAUUGAAUAAAUACGAAUCAAAAACAUUCCAUGUCGGUCGUGGUUGGGGUGGACGCAUUUGGCCAAGAAGAGAUUGUGAUGGUAAUGGGCAUUGUGUUAGUGGAGACUGUGGAAACAAAAUUGAAUGCAAUGGAGCCGGUGGAGUUCCGCCAGCUUCUUUAGCGGAAUUCACACUUGAUGGUUGGGGCGAUCAAGAUUAUUAUGAUGUAUCACUCGUUGACGGAUACAAUCUACCAAUUAAAAUCAACUUGAUUCCUGGAACAUAUAGAAAAACAAAUAACGGCAAAUAUGACUGUACACCAGCUGGAUGUUAUCGCGAUCUUAAUGAAAUUUGUCCAAAUGAAUUGGCAGUUAAGCAAAAUGGAUGGACAGUUGCUUGCAAAAGUGCUUGUGCGGCAUUCAAUACUGAUGAAUAUUGCUGUCGUGGUGCACACAACACUCCACAAACUUGCAAGAGCUCCAACUGGCCUCACAACUAUCCAGCUAUUUACAAACAAGCUUGUCCUGAAGCUUACAGUUAUGCAUAUGAUGAUGAGUUGAGUACAUUCACUUGUCAUGGAAAUCCCGAAACUGGUUACGAAGUUGUAUUCUGUCCAUAAAAAUUUCUUGAGACUCUUUUAAGAAUACAAUUGAAGUACUUCAAUUAUUCCAGUUUUUGCAAGAUCU